AUGACAUUGAAAGGACUUGCCUUUUGCCACAAGAAAUGGGUUUUGCACUGGGAUAUGAAACCAAAUAAUCUGAUGAUAGGACCUGAUGGACGACUAAAACUUGCAGAUUUUGGACUGGCACUCAUAUUUGGCAGUCCCGACAGAAGGUGUUUGCUCGAUGGUAUAGAGCUCCAGAACUAUUAUUUGGUGCCAAACAGUAUGGUCUUGGGGUUGAUGUUUGGGCAACAACUUGUAUAUUUGCUGAGCUCCUUCUACGCCGUCCUUUUCUAUAGGUUGGGUAGCAGUGAUAUAGAUCAGUUGGGGAAAAUAUUUGCUGCAUUUGGGACUUCAAAAGCUUCUCAGUGGGAAGAUAUGAUUUAUCUUCCUGAUUAUGUUGAGUACCAGUGUGUUCCUGGGCAGCCACUUCGGACGACGUUUCCAAUGACCAAUGAUGAUGCAUUGGAUCUGUUAUCCAAGAUGUUUGCGUACGAUCCAAAAGCUAGAAUUUCAGCACACCAGACAUUAGAGCAUAGGUACUUCUCCUCUGGACCUCCACCUACUGAACCAACUUUGCUUCCACAGCCUCCACCAAAGAAAGAGUCUACAGAUUUCAAUCCACCAACUGUGAUGUCACCUGCAACUAGGAAAUCAAGAAGAGUCGUGCCAGUGCCAGUGUCAGUGUCUGUUCCAGACCAUAGAAAUGGAAAUGAAACAAGUGGACCCGCACCAAUGUCACUUGAUUUUUCCGUCUUUGCAACAAGACCUCCAGCUAGACCAACUAUCAACAUGUAA